AUGCAGAGGCCUCGUCAUCAUCGACAGCUCUACAAGCUUCGACUUCAUCAGCGACGGACAUCCAUGAGUCCAAAGAAACGACGUCGCAUAGAAGUUAAAGCUCCUCCACCCCCUCCGACUACCCGUGUCAAGUUUAAGGAAGUGGAGGCUAAUAUCAUGCCUCAAUGUUUAGCCCCGUGGAAACAGGCAUCCGAGCGCGUAGGAGAACAUUUCAAUCCCAAUGCUUACCGUAAUCCGCUGGGCUAUUUCCUCCCAGAUCCUCAGAUGAUCGCUGUCUGUGGUCUGGAGAGUGGCAACUACAGCACAUGGACAGCCUACAUCACAGUGUGGCUCAAACUUCAUCACGUUCUUUGCUACCGUCUUCGAACAUCUUCCGUUACUCCACUUGGACCCUCCCGUUGGCGAACAGUUUUAGGAAUCAAGAAGAUGGCUUUUAAGGAGAAAAAGGCGGCGAAACAAAAAGCGGAAGUAGAGGAAAUCUUGAUGGAAAUCUUGAAGAACGCUGGAAACACAACGUCGGUCAAUUUGGAUCGUUUAGACACUGCAAAGGUUGAAUGGAACGGAUCGCCUCUCGAGGUUUCCACAGCUCCCACAGCCAAGUUGAAGGAGAUCUUGUGGGAGUUGUUCGAGCUCAGUUUCCAGUACGAGCUUCUCAUGAUGGAUCGCCGAUUCUACGGUGGUUUAAAGCCAUGA